UAUAUAAAUUUUUGAUUUAGCAAUUAGAGAAGGGAGUUGUUGGGAUUAAGCCUGUAGUUUUGGUAAUAACUUGUAAAUUAAAAUAUCCAACAUGUCAGAUUUUGAGUCACUUUCGUCGGUUUCCAGCGAUAAAGAAUUGCAAGAAUUCUUGAUGAUUGAAAAACAAAAAGCGCAAGUGAACGCACAGAUACAUGAGUUCAAUGACAUCUGUUGGGAAAAGUGUAUCGGAAAACCAGGAUCAAAACUCGACAGUUCUACAGAAACGUGCUUAAGCAAUUGCGUUGAUCGUUUUAUUGACACAUCCUUGCUGGUCACGCAACGUUUCGCUCAACUUUUGCAAAAACGUUCGGGAGGCCUGUAAUAGAUGCUUAUAGUCGCUUUCAAACUUGGUGAAAAAGACUUUGAACAAAAAAUACUACUCCGUACCGAAUGUAAUAAAAUAAAAAAUAACUUAAAAACCAUCUGACACACUACAGCUAACGACAAAUCGCCAAUGACAUUUUUGUGGUUAUAACAAUAAACUACUUGUAACUACCAUAGAAUUAGAGCAAUAAUGGCCAUUCAAAGACAAACAUUUAGCUUAAUGAACAGGGUAGUUUUUAUUUGAAACGUUUUUCGUUACCUUUUAGUUUAAAAAUAAAAAUUACAAUGUAUGUAUGUUAUAGGCAUGAACUUCAA